AUGGUGCCUUAUUUAAAAAAUUCUAAAGCAGUUUAUAAAUUGAUAUUAACAAAAUUAAAGGCCCAUGUUUUUGGGAUAAAAUGGUUAUAAUAAAAUAUAAUGAGGUCUGCAUAACCAGCAUAAAUCUUUGCAUUUAAAUUUGCCACAGAUGUAAGAUUAUUUUAAUGAAAUUAUAGUUAAUUGGUUCCCAAAAAAUUGAACUACUCUUAUCCAAAAGCCUUUUUGAAAGCUAUAUCAAACUUUCCUGUCAUUAAACCAUUCUCGAAUUAAAAAAUGCCAUCAUAUACCAUAUAUCCAAAUGUGUGAUAAGAAUACUUUAAUUACAAUUCAAUUUAAGAAAUGCUUGA